CUUGCCGAGAGGUUUUGCACCUGUCGGAUGGACUUCCAGCUGCAGACCGGCGCAAACCGUAACAACAAGUGACACAGACUGGAGCAAGACGAGACGACGUGAUGGGAACCCUCCGGGACCUCCAGUUUGCCCUGCAGCUGAAGAUUGAGGAGCUCCGCCAGCGGGACACAUUAAUAGAUGAAUUGGAGCUGGAGUUGGAUGCAAAGGAUGAACUAAUUCGCAGACUGCAGGAAGAACUGGACCGCUACAGAACCAGCAUGUCCCUCUCGGGACCUUCUGCUGUCAGUGCAGCUAAUUCCACUCAGAUCGAGGACAAUCAGCGAGCCAAGAGGCUGACAGUCAUUUCAGAGCCCUUCAGUCCGGACCCUGUGACCAUCGCCAUGGUUUCACAAAGAAGCUGUAACAAAAGCCAGGAAUCUCGGAGGCUGAUUCAGGCUGCAUUCAUGAAAAAUGAUUUGUUGAGGAGCCUGGAUGAAGAAGAAAUCAGAGCUGUCACAGCCUGCAUGUAUCGCUGCACCAUCAAUCAAGGGUGCUCUGUCAUUCAGGAGGGGACCGUUGGGGAUCAGGCUUUUGUCUUAGAAGAAGGGAGACUGGAUGUGACAAAAGACGGGCGGAAGCUGUUCACUGCUGAACCGGAGGACGUGUUUGGAGAGCUGGCCCUGCUCUACGACUGCACCCACACCUAUUCGGUCUCAGCACAGACGGACAGCAAGCUGUGGGUUAUUGACCGCAAGAGCUACCAGACUGUACUUAUGCAGUGUGGUCUCGAGCACCUUUCCCAUUCAGUGGAACUGCUGAGAAGCCUGCCCUUCCUGCAGCCGUUGCCAGAAGAUGUCAUCAUAAAGAUGUGUGGUCUCAUGAAGGAGACGAAGUACGCAGAUGGUGACUACAUCAUUUGCCAAGGGUCCACAGGAGACAGCUUUUAUAUCAUUAGCAAAGGCCAGUUCCCUUUGUUGGAUUGUCUCUCUCCCUUUUUUUUCUUACUUCUUGGGUGUCGGGGGAUUUACAAGGUGACUAUCACUGAAAAGAAGCCAGGCCGCGAGGAGCAGGUAAUGCUGUCUGAGGUGUCUGGGAGACAGUGGUUUGGAGAAAAAUUUCUAUUGGGAGAAAAUAUUCGGACCGUGAGUGUGAUGGCUGUUGGGGAAGUGACAUGCUUGGUAAUAGACAGAGAGAUCUUUGAAGACAUAAUGGAUGGGUUGGGAUCUGACUCCCGCCAAGAACCUCAGAGAAGCAAUGAAUUCAAAAUGAAGCCUGAUGAGGAUCCUGCUCUCUUCACAUCUUCCACUUUAAGUGAUUUCCAAAUUUGUCGUACUCUAGGUGUCGGGGAGUUUGGUCACGUAGACUUGGUGCAGCUAAAGAGCAAUAUCAAGCGUAACUUUGCAAUGAGGGUCCUUAAGAAGAAGCUGAUCCUCAGUGGGGGUCAACGAGAGCACAUCCUGAAAGAGCAGCACAUUCUGAAGGAGGCUCGUUGUCAAUUUCUAAUCAGGGUAUAUAAAACCUUUAAAGAUGUUGAUCAACUGUACAUUUUGACAGAAGCCUGUCUAGGUGGGGAUUUAUGUAAUCUACUUAAAGACAAAGGACACUUUGAUGACUGCAGUGCCAGGUUCUACACAGCUUGUGUCGUCGAAGCUUUGGCAUUUCUUCAUCAACAGGGCGUCAUUUACAGAGACGUCAAGCCUGAAAAUGUUGCUCUGGACGAGCACGGUUAUGCCAAACUGAUUGGCUCCGGAUGCCUGAAGAAGGUCGACACGGGUAAGAAAACCUGGACAUUCUGUGGUACGCUGGGUUACAUUGCACCUGAAAUCAUCUUGAGCAAAGGCCACAGCAUUUUUGCAGAUCUGUGGUCACUGGGUGUUCUUAUGUUUGAACUCCUGAGUGGGAGACUUCCGUUUGAUGGCUCUGACUCACUGAAGAUUCUCACUGCAACCGUUCGGGGCAUCGAUCAGGCUGAAUUCCCCCAAUCCAUCUGCAAAGAUGCCUGCAGUCUCAUCAAGAAACUAUGCAGGAGCAAUCCCUCACAGAGGCUGGGUAGUCAGAAUAUUGGCGUCAAGGACAUUCAAAAACACAAAUGGUUUGAAGAGUUCAACUGGGACGGACUUCACAGAAGGACGUUGACCCCUCCGGUUAUUCCCAAAGUUAAGCAACCUCUUGAAGGGGCCACAUGUGCUCUUUACACUGAGGGCUCCAUGGAGCCGUGCACAGACUGGGAUGACUUUUAAUACAUUUCUGAAAACUGUCAAACAGAAAAAUGCAUAAAUAACUCCCUGACCUGUCUUACUGCCAUUAAGAACAAUUAUAUUU